AAUAGGUGUUAAGUUCUCUUUCUCUCUCCUCCCAUUUCUGUCCGGUGUCCGCCGGCUCCCCUGAGAAACAGAAAACAAAACCCCUCCACCGCUAGGGUUUUCGACAGCUCUACAUGGCCGUAUAAGCUGAGCACUAGAUCUGAGAGUGAAAUAGCACCUGCUUCUGGUUCUGGACAGUGCAUUCUCAAAUGAUUGAGGUGACCAAAAAAGAUUGAUUGGACAUACAAAAUGUGGAGUUUUUAUGAUCACAUGUAGAAAAGAGCUUCAACUUUGAGUGCUAUGUUAUAGUAUCAGCGAACUCUGUGAUAUUUAAAUGGUUUCUUGAGUGAUGGAUCGGAAGGAUAGGUUUUAGUUUUUGUGAUACUGGGUCCAUGUAAAUUCAUUGCACAAGGAGGAACACCAACAGAUGGGUUCGUUUCCUGGCAAUUGUGAAAUUGUUGAAUCAAAGGAAGAACGGAGUUCAGUUGAACAAUCUGAAGGAAUUCAUCAAUUAAGGGCACAUGACAAAGAGAGGAGGCCUCCUGUGCCGAAAAAGGGAAGCAGUAGCUCUCUAGAAGAUGAUAUUAAUAAGCUUUUUGAGGCUAUCAGUCUCAAAUCUUCAUCCAAGGGACUGAGCCCGUCAGAUCAGUUUGGCACUGGCUCUUUAAAGAAAAAUACAUUAAAGCAACCAAUGAGGGUGGGUGUGUCUGCUUCAUCAGGAAUUGGAUUUUCUGAGCCAGUGUCUUUGAAACAGGCUUUGAGGGGACUAUGUAUUUCUCAGGCGGCAGAAAUGGCUGCCAUGAAACGGUUGUCAAAGUCACCUGGGUCUCCUAGGUUGUCGGAAGUUGGUAAAAUUACAAGUAUGUACAGAUCUGUUGUAGUUGAAGCUGGUGGAUCUAGUCUUCCUUUAGCUGGGGAUAAGGAGGGUAGAGUUGAAAUAUCUUUAGUACCGGAAGAACGCACAUCAAAGUCUUCUGAGAAGAACCCUCAGUGCCUUCAAGAAUCCAAGGUGAAGUCAUUGAACCACAGCUCCCCUUCUUCCCCUCGAUUUGUGAUUGAGACAGCAGCUAGGAGAUCGGGGUCAACAUUAGGACAAAAUGGGAUUAUGCCUGCAUCAACUGAAGUUGGGACUUGGCAAUCAAAGACAUCUCUGGUGCUCGAAGAAAGCACAUCAAAUUCUUCAGAGAAGAUGCCUCAGUGCCUUCUAGAAUCCAAGGUGAAGCCAUCGAACCUCGGUGCCCAUUCUUCUACUCGAUUUGCCCUUGAGACAUUGGCUAAAAGAUCGGGGUCAACAUUAAGACAAAUUGAGAUUGUGCCUGCACCAAAUGAAAUUUGGAGUAGGCAAUCAAAGGCAUCUCUGGUGCUCGAAGAAAGCACAUCAGAUUCUUCUGAGAGGAUGCCUCAGUGCCUUCAGGAACCCAAGGUGAAGCCAUCAAACCGCAGUACCAAUUCUUCUCCUCGAUUUGCCAUUGAGACAACAGCUAAGAGAUCGGGGUCAACAUUAAGACAAAUUGAGGUUGUGCCUGCAUUAACUGAAGUUGGGAUUCGAGGAUCAAAGACAUCUCAGGUGAUUGAAGAAAGCAUAUCAGAUUCUUCUGAGAAGAUGCCUGAGUGUCUUCUGGAACCCAAGGUGAAGUCAUCAAACCACAGUGCCCAUUCUUCUCCCCGUUUUGCCGUUGAGAAAACAUCAAAGAGAUCAGGGCCAACUUUAAAACAAGAUGAGAUUGUGCCUGCAUCAACUGAACUUGGGACUCGGCAAUCAAAGGCAUCUCUGGUGGUCGAAGAAAGUACAUCAAAUUUUUCUGAGAAGAUGCCUCAGUGCCUUCAGGGACCAAAGGUGAAGUCAGCAAUCACCAGCACCCGUUCUUCUCCCCGUUUUGCUGUUGAGGCAAAAUUUAAGAGCUCAGGGACACCAUUACGACAACAUGAGAUUGUGCCUGAAUCAACUGAAUUGGGGACUAGGCGAUCAAAGGCAUCUCUGGUGCUCGAAGAAAGCACAUUGAAUUCUUCUGAGAGGAUGCUUCAGUAUCUUCAAGAACUCAAGGUGAAGCCAUCGAACCUCAGUGCCCAAUCUUCUCCUCAAUUUACCCUUGAGACAACAGCUGAGAGAAUGGGCUCUACAGUAAUGCAAAACGAGAUUGAACCUACAUCAACAGCAAUUGGGAAUCUACAAUUGAGGACUGGGAGGGCACCGGAAGAAAAUCACACUUCGCUCCAUUCUCUACCUUGUCUUUAUCCUGGUGGUAAUAUGCUAGACACAGAUGAGAAUAUUUCUGCCCCAGUCAAAUUAGCAAGCAAUGUAAAUAAGAACGUUUCUGCCUCAUCUAAGUCAGCAAACAAAGCAGCACCUAGGCUGAGGCGGAAAGGCAGGUUGCAGUCCGCUGGUUCUUCAUCUAGUGCAAUCAACAGCACUAAGGUGAGCAAGACAAUAAGAAAUGCCCGAUGUGCAGUUAAGCCAGUCAUCAGGAAUAAGAAUUUCGUUACAAAGAAAUCAAAGCAGGAUUCAUCUUCAGUUGCUUGUACUUCUGAUACAUAUGAUGGAGUUUUGGAUCCCAAUACUAGCCAAUUAAUAUGCCAGAGAUGUCAUUGCACUUUGAAAGAUGCAAGGAAAGAGUCCUUAAUGGACUCUCCAACACCUCUCUCUGCAAGUGUCAUUGCUGAAAACAGCUCGAGUAAGGGGAAACAUGGCUCAAGCAAACCAGGCUCCACUUUAAAUGGUUGUGACAUAAGCAGCCCUGUUGUUGUGAAAACUAACAAUACCUCAAAACCAAAAGAAAAAGGUGAAUUUUCUCAAAGCUCAAAAAGUAGCAUUGGUGAGUAUAGUAGUAGCACUAGCAUCAGUGAAGAGAGCUAUCUAAGUGGGUCUAGUUUUGGAAACAGACCUCAUAUGUCAAAGGAUUUGAGGUGGGAAGCUAUCUAUCAUGUUACGAAGCAACAUGGAUUUCUAGGAUUGAGUCAUUUCAAUCUAUUAAAGAAGCUCGGUUGUGGUGACAUCGGCACAGUUUAUCUUACAGAACUAAUCGGAACAAACUGCCAAUUUGCUAUUAAGGUGAUGGAUAACGAGUUUCUGGAAAGAAGGAGGAAGACACCGAGGGCCCAAACUGAAAGAGAGAUUCUAAGAAUGCUUGAUCAUCCUUUUCUUCCUACGCUAUUUGCCCAGUUCACGUCCGAUAAUCUAUCGUGUUUAGUAAUGGAGUAUUGUCCUGGUGGAGAUUUGCAUGUCCUCCGUCAGAAACAGCUUGGCAGAUAUUUUCCUGAACAAGCAGCAAGAUUCUAUGUUGCCGAAGUUCUCCUUGCUCUGGAAUACCUGCAUAUGCUUGGUGUUGUGUACCGGGAUUUGAAACCAGAAAACAUUCUGGUCCGAGAGGAUGGUCACAUUAUGCUUACAGAUUUUGACCUUUCACUUAGAUGUUCUGUGAAUCCAACUCUCCUAAAGUCAUCUUCAUUGGGUAUGGAACCCGCAAGGAUGUCGGGUCCAUGCACGGGAUCUAGUUGCAUUGAUCCUUUUUGUAUUGAACCGUCCUGUAAAGUGUCCUGCUUCAGCCCUAGGUUUUUACCUGCUGCUGCAAAAACAAGGAAGCAAAAAGCUGACCUUGCAGCCCAGGUCAGAUCAUUGCCACAGCUUGUGGCCGAGCCUACUGAUGCACGGUCCAACUCCUUUGUUGGUACACAUGAGUACUUGGCUCCUGAGAUCAUUAAAGGAGAAGGUCAUGGCAGUGCUGUUGAUUGGUGGACAUUUGGUAUUUUUCUCUAUGAGCUUCUGUAUGGGAGGACACCCUUUAAAGGUUUCGGGAAUGAAGAAACUUUAGCCAAUGUAGUGUUGCAGAGCCUUAGUUUUCCCGACACCCCACUUGUCAGUCUUCAGGCAAGGGAUCUUAUCAGAGGACUGUUGGUAAAGGAGCCCGAGAAUCGCACAGGAUCAGAGAGGGGGGCUGCUGAGAUCAAGCAACAUCCAUUCUUUGAGGGCCUAAACUGGGCACUGAUACGCUGUGCAAUUCCACCUCAAGUACCAGAGGCCUGUUAUUUUGGAGCUCCAAAAACAGCUUCGCAAGAGAAGGGGAGUAAGUAUCUAGAUUUCAAGGCAAUAGGGGAGCACCUGGAGUUUGAGUUGUUCUAGCAAAGCCCUAAUUUACGGCAAAGAGAAAGCUAUAUUUGAGGUACUGCAGUUGACGCGCCUGUUUUAAUGUAAAUUCACUGAGAACAUCGUUAAAGCUGUCAUUUGUAAUUCCAGAAAUAUAGGUGGUCUAUUAAGAACUUGGCAAAAUGUUCCGAAAGUCGGCCUAACAUGGAGGACAGACUUGUUCAACUUGGUGAGCUCAAGAGUUUCAAAUGUUCAACCUUCUUGCACUAAUAUAAUACUAGUUAUAAUUAAUCUUGUGCACCGGAUUGUCCUUUAC